AUGUCAACCGAACCAUUCAAAAAUGUGGUGUUGCUGCCACAAACUAACCAAUUACUUGGGCUAUAUACCAUUAUUAGAGAUCAAACCACACGGAGACCAGACUUUAUCUUUUACGCGGACAGAAUCAUCCGGUUGCUGGUUGAAGAAGGAUUGAAUCAUCUUCCAGUAACACCUAAGGUUGUAGAAACUUCCACGAACCAAAAAUUUGAUGGUGUGUCAUUCUUGGGCAAAAUUUGUGGUGUUUCCAUUGUAAGAGCAGGCGAAUCUAUGGAACAGGGUCUCAGAGAGUGCUGUCGUUCCGUGCGUAUUGGUAAAAUUUUGAUCCAAAGAGAUGAAGAAACUGCUUUGCCAAGGCUCUUUUUCGAAAAACUUCCCGAAGAUAUCUCAGAAAGGUUUGUAUUUCUAUUGGACCCCAUGUUAGCCACUGGUGGCAGUGCUGCCAUGGCCACAGAAGUGCUGAUCAAAAGAGGAGUUAAACAAGAGCGUAUAUUUUUUUUGAAUCUCAUUUGCAGCAAAGAAGGAAUUGACCUUUACCACGCUAAAUUUCCUAACGUUAAAAUCGUGACUGGUGCCAUCGAUUCUGGGCUAGACGAAAACAGAUAUCUUGUUCCUGGCCUUGGGGACUUUGGUGAUAGAUAUUACUGCAUAUAA